AUGACCAUUUCAAGCGCCAACGAAUUUAUAACUUUAUUAACGAACUUGGGCUAUCCGAAUAUAUCAAAUUUACAACCAAAACAAAUAUUGUGGGCGUAUGAACAUUUAGAAACACGUAAUAUACUCGAUUGGUUAUGUACAAAUAUCGAUGUUGAACAAAAUGUUAUUGACAUUAAAGAUGAUUGGAUUAACCCUUCCAUUUUAAUGAAGGAACAAAAGGAACUAGAAGACAUUGAAAAUGAGAUCAAUUCUGGACGGCAAACCCGAGAUCAUUUAUUGCGUCACCAUGAUAUACUCAAAUGCAAUUUAGAAAAUAUUGAAGGACAGCUUGCAGAUUUAAAAAGAAUUAGUCGUGAUCUAGAUGAAAAAAAUGAAGAAAUCGACAAGCAAAUUGAGCAAGAUUCUGUCAAGUUUGAUAUAGGCACGGCAGCGAUGAUGACAACAAUUUCCGAAUUAUUAUCAGAAAGGAAAUUAUCUGAAGGAAAAGGGAAGCAACAGAUGAAUUUGAUAUAUCAGUGUGCUAAAGAGAUUACUGAAAUAAUGAACAUAGAUCAAUCAUUUACACACGAAUUGCAACAACUUUGUGAGAUGUUUUUUUCAAAUGAUAUUAUGAAAAAGCUCGAAUCAUAUAAUUUGGCUGAUGAAGUCGCACGUCUCAAGAACUUAUAUCCAAUGACACAGCUCAAAUAUAUAAAAGCUUGUACUGAAUUCAAAUACUUUUCAACAUUUUUGCAAGUGAUUCAAAAUGAAGCUACGAGAAUUUAUUCCUUUGUUCCUGACUUUAAUGCCUUAAAAUCAAAUUUGGAUAAGAAUACGAAUAGCAAUUCAUUACUUAGUAAACAAAUCAAUUAUGUCAUGGACUCGCGAAUAGGUUCUUCAUUAAGUAAUCUCGCUUAUCUAGAAGUGGAAUCUCCAAUAUUGGCAGCUGAUUGUAAAGUUAGGUUACAAUCUCAACGAAUCGUGAUUGAUCGGUUAGACUUUGUUAUUGAUCAGCUAUUAACGCAGCAAGCACGUAAUCAAUUCGUGGCACAAACCUUUUGCGUCGAAAUGUAUAAUCAGGAAUCACUUCAUAGAGUAUUUUUAAAUUUAAAUGGAGAUUUAGAAAAAAGGAUUGAAAACAUUAAUAAGCGGAUGAACUUUAUGUCAGGGGCAGAUUUUACAGAACAAUCUAUCAGUAAAACAGUGAUAGAAAGCCACGAUGAUUUUUUAUUAUCUUUGAAAAAUUUAUUAAACUUGGAUUUGUUUACGGGACAUGCAAAAGAAGAGAAACUUUUACCGUUUACUACAUAUGAAUCUUUAAAAGAAAGAUUCGUUGAAAUUGAAAAUAUGAGGAAAACUUCACUUGAUAAAAUUGAACAAGAGUGGGAAUCGCAACAAGAGCUUUUGAAAUCUUGUGUUGAGAUCGAGGAGUUUUUGAAAUCUUUAUUAUACAAAGAUUCUAAGACUUCUGAGCUCUUACUUACUCCUCAAGAAUUGUCGGAUUUACAAAUUUCCUUACGUAUUAAGAUAAAUCGUUUGCAGCCAAAACUCAAUCAAAUCACAAAGGAACUGGAUCUUCCCGAUCAUUUGGAAUCUAAGAAAAAGUCUUUUAUUAGAUUCUUUACAGACUUAAGCAGAAGACAAAUAAAAUCUUAA